UUUUUUUUUUUUUUUUUUAUAUAUAAUGGACUCGACCAGAUGGCGCCAUAUCUCAUCACCAACAGCACUCCACACAUCUCCAAUAUGCCAUUCUUCAAGCGCCCAAGCAAGAACCAGACCAGCUCGGCUGCCCAGACUCCCGUGCAAACCCCAGCCCAGACUCCUAGAACUUCGAUGCAGGAACAGCGUCCUCAAGGCCAUAAGCACCAGAGUGCGAUGACCCAAGACGAGGCCAUGCUCAUGAUCAUGCAGACCAAGAUGUCGAACGCUGCCUUUGGUCCCUUUAUCCAGUAGCAGCUGAUCCCUCCUCGGAGCCUCAGCCCCAUUCCCACCAUUCUACACAUCACACAAUAUCCUAGCAUUUUAAUAAACAGCACUUAAUACUUUACUGAAUUUCCUUUUGAACAUGCAACAUCAGAUA